AUGGCUCAGCAGCAGCAACGCUGCACACCCAAGUGCAAUAGUGAUCACUGGAGACACAUUAGCCCCGAGGCAAUUUCGUUUGUGCAGUCGCUCUUGGAGCCGGAUCCGGAGGUCCGGAGCACGGUGGCAGAAGCGCUGGCACACCCGUGGCUUCGCCGUGCCGCGCAAUUUGCAGAGGAGCUUUCACUUAUGCCCGAGUCUGUGGAGGAGCUGCAACGCGGCGGCAAUGCCCCCGUGGAGGCUUGCACGAAGCGGGGGGAGCCGCAUACGCCGCCGCCCCAUCUGCAUCGGCAGCAGUAUGCGGGCCCCGCGGGGCGGCGGCCCCGAGAUGUUUCCGCUGCCGUUGAUGGUUCCUCUGCGUCGCGGCGUUCUACCAACCACGACAACUUCAUAUACCGCAGCAGCCGGACAAGCGUCGCCCCCGAAUUCCUGGGGUCUGGAGUCGAGCACGCGGGGGUGGGGGCUGGGAUCCGGGUGGAGACAUCGGAUAGGAAGAAGCUGCAUGCGGCCUCGGCACGGACGACGAAGACGACGACGACGACGACGACAAUGCGAGAGAAGGAGGCGGGCCUUGUGGCUCGCGCCCUGUCGCCGUCGCAGGUGGUGCCACCCGCGUCCCCGUCGACGCAAACAGCCGCGUCGUUGUUGGCGCAGAUUUCCGCUAUGCAGACGAGUCUUCACGGCGCUGACGAUGCGGCUGAGCGGCCGUCGAGGGUCGCGCCACAAACGGCGGAGGAGGGGGAGGACUCGGAUGAGGAGGGCGACCCGUUCAAGCGCAUCUUCAAGACUGUCAUGUUUGAGCAGUGA